AUGUCGCUUUUCACACUGACUGGAAACCGCCUCCUAAUUGUGCUGAUCCUGGUAGACCCCCAUCUUUACACCCCUAUGUAUUUUUUUCCUUUGGCAGCUCUCUCUCUCAUUGACAUCCUUUUCACACUUGCCAUUCUCCCCAAGAUGAUGACUGACUACUUCCUGCAUAGGACAGCCAUCUCUGUCUCUGGCUGUGGCACACAGAUCUUCCUGGGGUUAGCCUUGGGUGGGACUGAGUGUAUCCUCUUGGGCCUUAUGUCUUAUGACUGGUAUGUUGCCAUCUGCAAGCCUCUACACUAUCCACUCCUGAUAACCUGGAUCCUCUGUAGGCAGGUGGCUGUUAGCUCAUGGACCAGUGGUACUUUCAAUGCCUUAGUACACACUGUCUACACCAUGAAGUUCCUCUUCUGUGAACCCAGAGAAAUUCAUCAUUUCUACUGUGAGCUUCUUGGAGCCUUGCAUCUCUUCUGUGAGGACACCUUGACCUAUAAGACUGGGGUUUUUAUCAGUACCACCAUUUUGCUUCUUAUUCCAUUCUCAGUCAUCCUUGCCUCCUACACACUCAUCCUGGUCACCAUUAACCAAGUGGCUUCUGCUAAGCGCCAGAAACAUUCUCCACCUGCUUAUCUCACCUGA